AUGUGGCAGGAGGAGUCGGAUCUGUCUCUCAGCAUUGCCCAGAUGGUCCAGAAACUCAAGGGCUCCAAUUUGUACGCUCAGCUGGAACGCCAGGCCUGGGCCAGUCUUCAGAGAACUGAUAUUAAACUUGAAUCUCUAAAAGAAGAUAUUAAGAGAUUCUUUAAAACAUCAGGUUGGGAGAAGAAACUUCAGAAUGCUGUUUAUAGUGAACUGAGUGUGUUUCCUCUACCUAUUAAUCCUGCAGUACCUCCUGAACAUCUUAAAGAGCCUUUGGUAUACAUGAGGAAAGCACAGGGAAGUUGGGAAAAAAGAAUUUUGAAGAGUUUAAAUAGUAUGUGCACUGAAUUGAGUAUCCCAUUGGCACGAAAGAGGCCAAUUGGAGAACAGAAAGAACUUCUUAAUAAAUGGAAUGAAAUGGGAACUGAUGAACCAGAUUUAAGCCAUUUUAGACCUGUUUAUGCUCCUAAGGAUUUUCUUGAGGUAUUAAUUAAUCUUCGCAACCCAAAUUAUGAAAAUGGUGAUUCUCUUGGUUUCAGGACUCAUUUGGGUUUAAUCCAAGUUCCUCUGAAAGUAAAAGACAUCCCCGAAUUGAAAGAAUUAUUUGUAGAACUCGGCUUAACUACCGGACAACUAGGUAUAGAUGAUUCUACACAAGUGCCUCCUGAACUUUUUGAAAAUGAGCAUGUACGUAUUGGGCAAAAAGUUCUAGUAGAACAAGAUAGUGCCGCUGCUCAACAGUAUGUCCGACAAGGAAGCCCCACAGCACUGAGAGCUGAAUUAUGGGCUCUCAUUUUGAAUAUUUCCAGUCAACCUGAGGAUAUCUUGUAUUAUGAGCAGCUUAAGACUAAUGUGAUACAACAUGACCUUUUGGUGGACAGUCUAAUUUAUAAAGAUGUGAAGUUGACGGCAAGCAAUGAUGAUUAUUAUUUUGUAUUUGAAGAUUAUUUAUAUCAGGUUUUACUUUGUUUCUCCCGGGAUACAUCUGUGUUGAGUCACUUUGCGUACAACAGUGCUUCACCACCAAGAUCAUACAUAAGAGGAAAACUAGGAAUAGAAGAAUAUGCUGUCUUUUACCCACCAAAUGGUGUAAUCCCUUUUCAUGGAUUUUCAAUGUAUGUUGCACCACUUUGUUUUCUAUACAAUGAGCCUUCCAAAUUGUAUCAGAUAUUCCGUGAGAUGUACGUGCGUUUUUUCUUCAGACUUCAUUCCAUCUCUUCUCAUCCUUCUGGUAUUGUGUCACUCUGUUUGCUAUUUGAGACUCUUCUUCAAACUUAUCUCCCUCAACUCUUUUAUCAUCUACGAGAAAUUGGGGCUCAACCACUUCGCAUAUCAUUUAAAUGGAUGGUUCGAGCUUUCUCAGGAUAUUUAGCUACAGAUCAACUCUUGCUUUUGUGGGAUAGAAUCCUAGGAUACAACUCUCUAGAAAUUCUUGCUGUCCUGGCAGCUGCCGUGUUUGCCUUCCGAGCAGUCAACCUGAUGGAGGUGACAUCACUGGCUGCAGCUGAAGCAGUUCUCGCUGACCUUUCUACUUUAAAAGUUAUGCCUCUUCUUCAGAUUUUUUUGUUUGCUACUGUCACCUGA